GUCAGAAAUAGAUAUUGUCAUAUGCCGUAUGCACAACAACAAACGUUCGGUUACGUUUACUUGGUUAACUUUUAAGUCGAAGAUCUUGUUAAAACUAUUAGGAAACGAGGUAUAUGUCAAUCUUGAAAAGUAAUAAGUACAUGGUUUUAUUCGAUAAUACGUAAUCAAUUCAAAUCAGUAUGGGUUCCAGUAGUAAAAAAUCUAAGGAUAGGGAGUCGAGAAAGAGGCGUCAUGAUGAUACUAGUGGAUAUGAUACUCCAAAAGAAAAGAGACACAAGCACAAAAAGCACCAUCAUAAGGAUAAAAGACGAGAGAGGUCUAAAUAUUAUGAAGACGAUGGCAAAUAUCGUCAUUACGAUAAUGUGGACAAGAAAACAAAAAAAACCUAUGAAAGUGAUGAUUCAGAUAUUAUUGAGAUCAUUGACAAUGACCCAUCUCUACCUCAAGAUACCUCUAAAUCACACCAUUCAGAAUCUCCUGUGCACACAACUUCAAAUAAACAAAAUGUUGAGAGUCUGUCAAUAGAAGAAACUAAUAAACUUAGAGCAAAGUUAGGUCUGAAACCAUUAGAUUUGGGUAAUUCUGGAAGCAAUUCUUCUAAUAAUAUAAGCAAUCACAAUAAAGAAAGUGAUUUGAAGAAGGAUGAUUUGGGUGAAUUUUAUCAUAAACCAGCAGAAAAUCUAAUCCAGAAAGCACAACAAGAAAAAAUUCGUUCCAAACUUCAAGAAAUACGUGAAAAACGACAAAUUCACUCUAAAUUAUCUUCAGUAAAGACUUUAGGAGAAAGUGACAGUGAAGAUGACUUAUCAUUAUGGGUAGACAAAAGUAGAAAAAUUGAUCAAGCUAAAAAAGAAGCCGAGAAACGAGCUAAAAUGUUAGAAGAGUUAGAUGCUCAGUUUGGUAUAAGUGAUUUCGUCGAAUCUGAGAAUAAAGCGAAGAUGAAAAAUAAGUACACAGAAAAAGAUCUUAAAGGACUCACUGUUCAACAUGAUGUUGAUAGUUUCGACGAGGAAAAAACUGUUAUUUUGACAUUGAAAGAUAAGGGAGUUUUAGAAGAAGAUGAAGAUAUAUUGCAGAAUGUAAACAUGAUAGACAAUGAAAGAUACAAGAAAAAUAUUGAAAACAAAAAGAAGAAAGCCGAAUAUAAUCCAUACGAGGAUUCUGAAUUUGAUGAAUAUGGAAAUUAUCAAGAAAAAAGUUUAUUGUCAAAGUAUGAUGAAGAAAUAGAUGGUGUUAAAAAAGAUAAUUUUAAGAUAGGUUUUGAUAAUGUUAUUGAACGCAAACAACAAGCAGUUCUUUCAAUUAAAGCCAAAUUGGCUAAGAAACGUCUAGAAAGUGUUGCUGAUACAGGACUCAAAAUAGCCUCAGACUACUACAAUGAAGAAGAAUUAGCUAAGUUUAAAAAACCAAAAAAGAAAGUCAGAAAAAUAAGGAGCAAGGGAAAAUUGUUAACAGCUGAUGAAUUAAAACCUGACAAUUCUGGAAUAGAAGCUAUAGGAUCUAGAAGACCUAAAAUUAAACAAGAUGUAGAUUAUGAUAUAGAUGAUGUACCAUUAGCUAAUAUUCCUACUGAUCUGAAAGUAGAUGAUGAUAAAGAUGAUUUAUUAGAAGAGGCUUUACACAAAGCUAGAAAAAUCAAACAAAAAGAAAAUGUUAUAGCUAACAUAAUUAAAACUGAAAUUAAACCAGAACUAGAAGACGAAAAUCUAGAUGGAAAUAACAUAGUUUUAAAUGCCACAGCUGAAUUUUGUCGUACACUGGGAGAUAUCCCAACCUAUGGCAAGUCUGGUAAUAGAGAAGAAACUGAAGAUGCAACAGACCUUGAGAAAGAAAUUAAAGAAGAUACAGUCGAUAGUGAUGAUGAUUGUGAAAUUAUCGAAGCUACAGGUUGGAAUAGUGUAGAUACCAAUCAGCAAGGUAUCAGUUCUACCCAAAUUGGUGUUCAAGAUGUGCAAAUAUUGGGCGAAGAACCUGAUGUUAGUACUGGGGUAGCAGCUGCUCUUCAAUUAGCUAUGAGCAAAGGUUAUCUUGAUAAGGAAGAGAAUAAUCGACCAUCAAAUUCACGUUUAGCACAUCUCCAAGCGAAAAAUUACUCUAUAGAAGAUAAGGCAUAUGGAGACGAUGGAGAUCGACAGGGCAGAAGGGAAAGAUAUGCUGGUCCCAUAACUGAUUUUAAAGAAAAAGAAGGUUUCAAACCAAAUGUUAAAUUAGAAUAUAUCGAUGACGAAGGUCAUAUUUUAAAUUCCAAAGAAGCUUUUAGAUAUUUAUCCCAUAAGUUCCAUGGAAAAGGCCCGGGCAAAAAUAAAGUAGAAAAAAGGAUUCAGAAGAGCGUACAAGAGCAAUUAAUGAAAAAAAUGAGUUCAACUGAUACUCCACUGGGAACUCUGCAUAUGUUACAGGCAAAACAAAAGGAAACACAAUCACCGUUUGUAGUUUUAUCAGGUAACAAACAAUCCCAAUCAACAUCUUUAUCUAAAACGAGGCGAUAAUUUUUUUACAUUUUUAGUUUAAUUUAAAGUAACUGAAAAUUGUAAAUAUCAGUAAAAAUGAAAAUUUUCAGAAUAUGUACAGUAAUUAGGUGAAUAAAUAUGCAUGUCCGAUUUAUAUUAAACUCUGUGAUUUUGUUUAAAUUAAAUAUGGAUGAAAAUUUUACCAAAACUCGUAUUAUU